AUCAUUAAAAACGAUUUAAAAUCUUUUUUUAGCAAUUUUAAUGAUGUAACUUUACACGUUACCCAGCAUUUAAAGUAUUCAAUUCACUUUUCCUUCGUUUCAUUCACUCAUUGGUAGGGACUGAUAUGUCACAUGAGCGUUGUGGUGGUCACGUGAAUUAAUUAAGUUGGUAUAUUAACCAAUCAGUGACGAGGAAUUAGCAUGAGGCGUUAUUAGGCCUAUAUAAGCCGUGCUAGUCGGUCAUAACGUUUAUGGUCCUUGAUUUUAAUUUGGGAGUGUUGAUUGGGAGGUUUUUUUUUUUUUUAUUUGUUAGUUUUCUACAAGAAACCUCAGCUUCUCUUCUUAAGCUUUUCUUAUGAUUUUAUUCAUUGGUUUUUAUUGGUAUUGCCAACGAGUCAAAGCUUCCAGAUCUCUGCCCAAAAGGUGCCAUGUCUGCAGGGCUCCAGAUGCUGGGUACUGCACUGGGAGUGCUGGGUUGGCUGGGAACCAUCCUGGCCUGUGCUCUCCCGCUAUGGCGCGUGACCGCUUUCAUCGGCAACAACAUCGUGACGGCGCAGGUCGUCUGGGAGGGUUUGUGGAUGACCUGUGUGGUGCAGAGCACCGGGCAAAUGCAAUGCAAGGUCUAUGACUCCAUGCUGGCUCUGUCUUCAGACCUUCAAGCCUCUCGGGCCAUGCUCGUCAUCGCUCCGCUGGUCGGUCUGGUGGCCAUACUUGCUAGCGUAGCUGGAGGCGAGUGCACAAAUUGUUUGGCCCAAAGCAGUGCCAAAGCCAGGGUAGCUAUAGCAGCUGGGGUUUUCUUUCUUGUCGCAGGAAUUCUGAGCCUCAUACCCCCCAGCUGGAUGGCGAACGCUGUGAUCAGCAACUUCUAUAAUCCACUGGUGGCCCAGUCGCAAAAGAGGGAGCUGGGGACAGCCAUCUUUAUCUGUUGGGGGGCUUCUGUGUUAAUGGUGAUCGGCGGAGGGCUUCUAUGCAGUUCUUGGCCCGGCAGUAGAGGAAGGCAAACAAGCCAAUACAAACCUGCAUCUCAAACCAGCAGAGAGCGCACUGCCUAUGUCUGAGCUUAUGUUAACCCCUGCUUUUGUCUUUUUAAAAUUAAGUAUAUUUUUAUUUCUGUAAAUAAAACUUACCUUCACUGUG